AAUUCUCGCACUCAACAAAAUACAUAUAAACGAUUUAUAGUUGCACAAAGCGAGGCAAACAAUAACUAACAAAACGCAGUGGCAGAAAAACCAAAGAAAACGGCUGCCGAAAAGCACUUUGAAAUAGGAAAAUAUAAAGGAUUUCAAAGCGGAAUAAAUCUUUUAGAAGAGAAAUAGCCAUUUGCAUUAUAGCAGUUGCUUGUGAUUAAAUCAAAAAUGGAUUUUUCAGAAUAUUUAUAAGCAAUAAAUAUGUGGAAGUAAAUAAUAAUAUGCCUAAGUAGUAAAUGUCUAAGCUUACUACUGUGGCCUGCAACAAAUAAAUAAAAAUACCUGUGGCAAGCUGAAAAUCUGUCCAGAUCGAAGAUCAAAAGUAGGACAAGUCGCUGAAGAUCGAAUUAUCAAGCCAGAAUGUCUUUGAAACCCGAUGAGCAGGACAAACCAUCGUAUGCCUACUUCUUUGGCUCCAUGGGAGCAGCCUCGGCCAUUGUCUUCUCGUCGCUGGGCGCUGCCUAUGGAACGGCCAAGUCGGGCACCGGGAUAGCCGCCAUGGCAGUGAUGCGACCCGAGCUGAUUAUGAAGUCCAUUAUUCCAGUGGUGAUGGCGGGUAUUAUAGCCAUCUAUGGACUGGUUGUCUCUGUGCUCAUAGCCGGAGCCCUGGCGGAUAAUUAUACCAUUCGCAAGGGCUAUAUCCACCUGGCCGCUGGACUGGCCGUGGGUCUAUCUGGUUUGGCAGCGGGCUUUGCCAUUGGCAUUGUGGGUGAUGCCGGUGUGAGGGGCACUGCUCAGCAGCCACGCCUAUUUGUGGGCAUGAUCCUGAUCCUAAUUUUUGCCGAGGUUUUGGGUCUAUAUGGCCUAAUCGUAGCCAUUUAUAUGUAUACCAAGUGAAUAGGAGUCCUAAAUCUAAACACUUAAUUAAAUCUACAAAAAUAAAUAUUAAUUAUAUUU